AUGGACCAUGCAUCCCUGUGGUUUUGGGUCUUUUGCUUGAUCGGUCGUGCAAGAACAUGGAAUUCGCACCUCUCCACAGAGCAGCUUUACUCCUUCCAGGACCUCUACACAGACGCCCAAUACGGCCCGGACUUCGGCUAUUAUUCAACGGGACGUAUCCUCCACGUGGAUGGCCUCAAUGAUGCCGGGGUCGGAGGACAGGAAUGGUUUAACUCGUACACGACUCUGCCGAUGUCACUGAGUCCCCAUUUCGGCCAUGCCCUUUGCGAUCGUCUUGUCGCCAUGUGGGCUGCCAUGGGCAGCCCCAAGCCAUUUGUGGUGACCGAGUUCGGCGGAGGGACAGGCAUGCUAGCCCGAGACGUUCUGCGGCGCGCGAGAGAUGCCCACGGCGAGUUUUACGAGUCGAUGGCCCGUUAUAUUAUCGCGGAGCGCUCUCAGGCCAUGCGCUCGGCGCAGACUGCUACUGCGGGAGAGUUCGUGCCAAGCAAGCUUACUGUGCUCGCUGCGGACGGCCGUCGGGCUGCCUCACUGCGAACUUCGCUGGAAGCUGAGAUGGGCUCCCAAGGCACUCCCGGAGCUCCCGUCGUUGGAAUCCUGCUCUCCAACGAGCUCCUGGACGAGUUUGACCCGGUGAGGCUGCGCUUGGUUUGGCGCCUGUCACGGCCACCCUCGAAGAGGCGCUGUGGUGAGUGCAGCGCAUACCGGGAGGCUUAUGUAGCACACACCAUCGACACAGAAGCCCUCAUCAAGCUGGCAGACUCUGACUCCGUCGAGGUGAUACGGCAUGAGGGGCAGCUGGCCUACUGUGGAUUGCUCUCCACUGCUGCCAUGCGCCGUGUGGUCCUUGCCGUGGCAGAGGACCUCACGGCAGAGGAGCGGUGGCAAUGCGCGCCGAUGCUCGUGUGCUGUUUUCCCUUCGUUUUGGCAAUGAAUUCUGCUCUCCAAUAUCACCACGAAGUGCUGUACCAAGCAGAGGUGGAGCAUCGCGAUGAACAUGGCGAGCGUGACCUUGUGAAGCAGUACCGGUCCCUUUUGCGUUCGACCAAUGACACAGUGCCACUGACGAAGGAUCGCUACCGCCAGCUGCGCCGCAUGGCCGCGCAACAAGGCUCCGAAGUGGAGAAAGCGCUGCUAUUCGGCGUCGACACCAACAAUACGGAUCUCGAUGCGUCGAACUUCCCGGGCCGCCUGCGGAGCCUAGAGAUCUACUUGGCGCUGACACCGGAGCGCUGCCGUGAGCUGGCGCCCUGGCGGCGACGCCACGCCGCCCGCCUGGCGCACGCCGCACGCCUGCGUGACGUCUCAGCCCCAGCGUUUGGCACGGGCGGCCCAGGCCAUACGGCAGCCCACCUGAAGCUUGUCCUGCGUCCAGGUGAGGCAGAGUUCGUGCGGGAGACCGCGCAGCUGCUGGACGAGGGCUUCCUCGUCACCCUAGACUAUGGUGCCGAUGCAGAUGCUCUUCUCUGGUUCGCUGCCAUCCGACCUCAUUACGAUGGGAUCCACAUCAUGGAUGCCAGGGCUGAGUUCCUUGAUGUAUGCACUCUCGUCUCUCACUUGGAAUGCCCCGGACUCCAGGACCUCACGACAUCUGUGGACUUUACCGAGGUGGCAAUGGCAGGUGCUGAGUGGGGCUGGACGCAGAAGGCAUAUGGACCCAUUUGGCUGCUAGAGCUUGCAUUUGGCUACGGGCUUGGCCACUUGUUGGAACGAGCCGGAGGCCUCCAAAGCCCUUCCUUGCAGGCUUGGUACCUGACACCAGAGCAGGAUCCCUGGGCUUCCUUCAAGAUCCUCGUCCAACAUCGUGGGCAGCGUGGAGCAGGCUGGAGCCUUGGGCCCUUGGCACAGCAGUGGCCGCUCAGCCCUGUGCCACGUCUACUGCGAGGCCCAAGCCCUUGCUGGAGCCGAGACAUCACAAAACCCCCGCUAGCCAGUUUGGUAACGACUGCGACGCACCAAAAACUUGGCGACAAGGCAUGGAAGAUGUACGUAGCCGAUGCUGAGCGGUCUUGGCAGACGGAUUCCGAAGCAGUUGAAGACGAGAGCGUAGCCGAUGCACUUUCCCAGCACUUUCUUGCCUUCCUGCUGCAGGAAAAUAUAGGCCCACUGGUGGACCAACAGGGCGAGGCGCAGCAGCAAGCUUAUGCGGCCGCCCACCUGGCUGCCAUGCUCGUCGACUACUGGCACCAUCUCCAGCAGCUGCAGCCGGAGGGCGACAACUUGUCCGAUUGGGCCCAACUGCAAGAGCAAGUUCGGAGCAUGGCAGCAAACAGAAUGCUGCCAACGCUGUACGGGGAAAGGAGGUUUGACGAGGUUUUCCGACGACUGACAGACUCUGUCUUCGCACUGAACGGAUCUUCCAGCUGGGGCAACUCAGAAGCUUCUCCCCCGUACGUUUGUUUGGCCGAGAAGGCCUGGCAAGGCUAA